UGCCGAUUCAAAACAUACCACAGGUUUAUUUGGCGAUGUAAGGGACCUUCAUAUAGCCUGCGGAAAUAUAUAUUAUAUAUGUCAUUUGAUCCGUUGCACUGUUUCUGGUAGUUUCUGUCUCUUCAGAGAGACUUGGCUGCCUGUCUUGGUCAGGACAAUCCUGUAAAAUACAUUUCAAUCACAGUUAUAAUGCUGCUGGCUCAGAUAAAUCAGUCCGCAGAUUUCCAGCACGAGGGAGAUGCUCAGGAAGUCACUUUCUGUUUAAGCGAGACCGUGGGGAUUGCAGAUGGUGAUCAGAGCAUGGACACCGUCAGUCUGCAGGCUGUGACUUUAGCAGAUGGCUCCACUGCAUAUAUACCUCACAACACUCAAGACAGCAAUAUAGUAGAAGGACAGGUGAUCCAGUUAGAAGAUGGGUCUUCUGCUUAUGUGCAACACAUCGAUCUUCAAAAAGCAGAUGAGUCUAAUAACUGGGCUGGCUCAUCUGUGUGUGAUGUUGUUGAUAAUGAGAACUUAAGACUGGAGGAAGCUCAGACGGUGCAGUUAGAGGAUGGAUCUACUGCUUACAUCCACCACACUGGGAAAGAUACAUAUGAACCCAGUACCCUGCAGGCGGUGCAGUUAGAGGAUGGCUCCACCGCUUACAUUCAUCACGCUGUUCAGGUGUCACAACCAAACACCAUUCUGGCCAUCCAGACGAAUGGCACGGUAGCAGAUAUACACACAGAAGCAGCCAUUGACCAAGAAACAAUCAAUGCUUUGGAGCAGUACACAACCAAGAUUGAAGAAAUCGACUCUUACGCCGACUCUGAGCUGAUCACCAGUGAUCCUCACGGUGUUAUGGAGAUGCAGAUCGUUCUUCAGGGUCAAGGAAUUCGCAGUAAUGCGCAGCAGCCGGGAGAGAAAUGUUUUCGGUGUAAUUAUGACGGAUGUGGAAAGCUUUACACCACUGCAAAUCAUCUUAAGGUACAUGAAAGAACACACACUGGUGACAAGCCGUACUGUUGUGACUUACCCGGCUGUGGCAAAAAGUUUGCAACAGGUUACGGUUUGAAAAGUCACAUCAGGACGCACACUGGAGAAAAGCCUUACCGCUGUCAGGAGAUGGACUGUAAGAAAUCUUUCAAGACCUCAGGGGACCUUCAAAAGCACACUAGAAUUCACACGGGAGAGAAACCAUUUCUAUGUCCAUUCCCGGGCUGUGGACGAUCCUUCACUACCUCAAACAUCUGCAAGGUGCACGUUCGCACGCACACGGGAGAGAAACCGUAUCACUGUCCAGAGCCAGGUUGCAAUCGGGCGUUUGCCAGCGCAACUAAUUACAAGAACCACAUACGAAUCCAUACAGGAGAGAGGCCGUAUGUUUGCACAGUUCCCGGUUGUGACAAGCGAUUCACGGAGUACUCCAGUCUAUACAAACAUAAUGUAGUACACACUCCCUGCAAACCAUACAAGUGCAACCACUGUGGGAAGACGUACAAGCAGAUUUCCACACUGGUCGUUCACAAACGUACUGCACACAAUGACUCGGAGCCUAUAGAGGAGGAGUCAGAGGGCUAUUUUGAACCCCCUUCAGAGGCUAUAGAUGACCCCUCCCUGACUGUAAGCCCUGUGAAAUGUGAAGACAUCUCUGAUGUCACGGAACAACAGCAUGUGACGCUCAUCGCGCAAGAUGACGCAUCACAGGCUAUUGGAAAUGUAAUCACAAUGUUAACACAAGAUGGCAGUGUGAUCACCAUCCCACCCGCUGAGUCUCUGCUGUCGUCCACGGGGGCUCAUUCAGUGACCGUGGUCUCAGAGGACAGGACUGAAGGACAGAUGACUUCUAUGAUGCCAGAAUUUUCAUCUUCCAGGAGCACACAGGAUGAGUUAUCAGGGCAUCGGAUUACACUUCUGGCUACUUCUAAUGGCACACAGAUUGCUUUUCAGCUCAAUGAACAGACUUCACUGGAGGAGGCUCUGAGAAUAGCUUCAUCAUUACAAGGAAGUGAAACAACACAAAUGAGCAAUUAACUUCCUUCGGCCGUCACAUGGGAAUCAGUUUGCAGUGUGACUAGUGACUACUGUACAUGAACAAAUGAUGAACUUUUACCCUUUCGCCACAGUUGUACAGAAAUCAAGCUGUGCACUAUGAUAGCAUUUCUAACGGAUUUUGUCAGAUAUCUGUUUGCAUUUUUUUUUUUUAAUAAAAAGAGAUGAGAGGGA